GAGAAAGCUGAGUCUCCCUCAAUUGACUGUUUCGCCAUGGCUCUGUCGCGAGCAUCUACGCCGUCAUGGCUGUCGGCCUUGACUCUGCUCUCCCUGCUCUCACUUCUCGUCCCCGCCAAUGCCCUGUACUUCUACAUGGAUGGCCGGGAAACAAAGUGCUUCUACGAAGACCUGCCGAAGGACACUCUGGUGGCCGGCAGCUUUGAAACUGAAGUCAUCGACACGCAAUCCCACACCUACCACAUCGACCACCUCCUCAAGGUGCUCAUCACCGUCGACGAGACCUUCGACAACGACCACCGCGUCGUGUCUAAGCGCGACAGUCACUCCGGCCGCUUCACCUUCUCGGCCGCGGACUCGGGCCAGCACAAGAUCUGCUUUACGCCCGAGACCGACGUCACCACAAACGGCCUAUUUAGUGGAUCCAAGGGCGCCGUCAAGAUGGUGGUGGACCUGGCCAUUGGCGAGACCAGCAAGAUCGAGACCGAAGACAAGGACAAGAUGAAGGAUAUCGUUCAGCGCGUCAAGGACCUGAACGGCCGCUUGCACGAUAUCCGCCGUGAGCAGGUGUACCAGCGGGAGCGCGAGGCCGAGUUCCGUGACCAGUCCGAGAUCACCAACGGCCGUGUCGUGCGCUGGACCCUGAUCCAGCUGGCCGUUCUGUCCGCCGCCUGCGCUUGGCAGCUCUCGCACCUGCGGUCAUUCUUCAUCAAGCAAAAGCUGACGUGA